AUGGAGGAGACUGCCCUACCCCCACGCGCUGAAAGGUCCGACUCCUCAUCGGGAUCUUCUAUGGAUGGUCACGAGGUUCACGAAGUCCACGAAGGACACGACCCUGAAAUCCAGAUGCCCGUUCCUACACGGCCGCCGCUCCCAAGCCGCAAGAGCAGCGGUACACUUAUUGUCCCCCGCGACUCUAACCAGGUUGGCCCGAUUCCCACAGAACUUGAGCCAGGUGAUGUCAGGGCCAUGAGUCCCAGGAGAACGAGCGAGGAUCUUGAAAACAUGGGCCGGGAAGCACGCGAGGAAUUGCACAGACACGCAAAAGCCUUGCAAGACUCGCUGCUCAUGAUCUUUAGCCGCAUCGAAGCAGUAAAGGAGGAACACGACAAGCUCGACAGCAACAACAAAUUCUUGCAAAAGUACAUUGGCGACCUGAUGAGCACGUCAAAGAUCACAGCUACCAGCUCCCGUGGCCGAAAGUGA